ACACAUGAAACUAUGGGCCACAUUUUAGAUCUAAAGCAUACAAUUUUCCUUAUUGAUAAAAACUGAAAAUUGGAAAGGUUAAGUUCCCAAUUUGAGGCUCAGCUACCUUCGUGCACAGAACCAAUCUUAACCACUGCCCACGCUUGUGAUCCUGAGAGAGGUAUCCUAAGUCUUUGAGGGACUUAGAGCUCAGAGAGAACAGAAUGGAUCAGCUCCCUUUAUAGGGGAAAAGCCAUUCCUGAGUUUUAAAUGUGAUAAUGUGCUUCACUGCUCAGAUGGCUGCAUGUUUUCAAGGAGCUAUCUUCUGAUUCCCAAACAGCAGGGAUGGAGAACAGGACAGAGGUGACGGAGUUCCUCCUGCUGGGACUGACCGAUGACCCACACCUGCAGCUUCCCCUUUUUAUAACCUUCCUCCUCAUCUACACCAUCACUGUGCUUGGGAACCUGGGGAUGAUCCUGCUGAUCCUGCUGGACGCUCGUCUGCACACCCCCAUGUACUUCUUCCUCGGUAACCUGUCUCUGGUGGACUUUGGAUACUCUUCCACCAUCACUCCCACAGUCAUGGCUGGGCUGCUUACAGGAAACAAGGCCAUCUCCUACAAUGCCUGUGCUGCUCAGAUGUUCUUUUUUGUAGCCUUUGCUACUGUGGAAAAUUACCUCUUGGCUUCCAUGGCCUAUGACCGCUAUGCAGCAGUGUCUAAGCCCUUACAUUACACCACCACCAUGACCACAGGAGCGUGUGCAUGGAUGGUCAUAGGCUCCUACAUCUGUGGCUUCGUGAAUGCCUCCACCCAGGUCAGGGACACAUUCAGCCUCUCCUUCUGUGACAACAAUGUGGUUCAUCACUUCUUCUGUGAUGUUCCAGCAGUCAUGGUUCUUUCUUGCUCUGAUAGACAUGUUAGUGAGCUGGUUCUUGUUUAUGUUUCAAGCUUCAAUGUCUCUUUUGCUCUCUUCAUUAUUUUCAUGUCCUAUGCAUUCAUUUCUGUCUCCAUCCUAAGGAUGCGCUCAGGCACAGGACAUCAGAAGGCUCUGUCCACCUGUGCCUCCCACCUCACCACAGUCUCCAUCUUCUACGGGACCGUCAUCUUCAUGUACUUGCAGCCCAGCUCCAGUCACUCCAUGGACAUGGACAAAAUCUCAUCUGUGUUCUACACCAUGGCCAUCCCCAUGCUGAACCCUGUGGUCUACAGCCUGAGGAACAAGAAGGUCAAGAAUGCAUUCACAAAGACUGUUCUGAAGGCAAAAUAAUCACUAGGAUCUUGAUUUUACUGGUGCAAGAUGACAAUAUAUAGACACGUAUCUCUCUGGCUUUCAUCAGGAACUGAGUUUCAUUUUAAAGCCCUUAUUAAAGUUAGGUGUCUGAAAUGCUGCCA